AUGGGAGAAAGAAGGAUGCAGAAACCGGAAUCCUAUCUCUUGAAGAGAGGUGCAGAAAGCUCUCCCUUUGACUCAGGUGGGCCUUCCACCACUUUGACUGUUGCGGAUGUAGUUCCUCUCAUUGUGAAGAAAGAAGUAAUGAAAGGAAAGAGAAGCCCAGGCCGUGCUUUGAAAGGAGGAUACAGAGAGAAAGUGCAGAUAGCAAUCAAGUUUGGCAUUGGAGCAAGGGAUGGGAAAACGGACAUUCGUGGUGAUCCAGAGUAUGUGCGUGCUUAUUGUGACAGCAGCCUGAAGUGGCUUGAUGUUGAAUACAUUGAUCUUUUUUAUGCUCAUCGUAUUAAUACUCAUGUUCCCAUUGAAGUCACGGUUGGAGAGAUGAAAAAACUUGUUGAGGAGGGUAAAGUUAAAUACAUCGGUCUAUCAGAGGCCUCUGCUUCGACAAUCAGAAGGGCUCAUGCUGAUCAUCCUAUAAUAGCUGUUCAGUUAGAAUGUCCAUUGUGGUCAAGAGAUUUGGAGGAAGAAAUUCUUCCGACAAGCAGAGUGCUUGGUAUUGGCAUUCUCCCUUACAUCUCUCUUGGACGAGGAUUUUUCUCUACAGGACCACAACUGCUUGACAACUUAGCAGAGGGUGACAUGCGUCAGAGUUUUCCAAGGCUGAAACCAGAAAACCUGGAGGAAAACAAGAAAAUAUUUGCACGGGUUAGUGAAAUGGCAGCAAAGGAUGCACCCAAGCACAGCUGGCCUUGGCUUGGGUUCAUCAUCAAGGAGAUGACGUGGUUCCAAUUCCUGGUACCACCAAGAAGGAUAACUUCAACCAAAAUUUUAUGUUGCAAGAACAUCAUCUAGUUUCCUGGUUUUGAUAUGAGUGCGGAAUCAUCUCGUAUCGUAUCUGAGUACGUACAUAAAGAGUAACAUCUGCAAAGUUCGGGAGCGGGAAACGCACUGCGUGGAUUGCUUUGAGCCUGGUGGUGCAGUAUCUGAAACAGAGGAGCUGCAGCCCGCGCGUAUGGUGGAGGAGCAGCAACCCCAUAAUAUUCAUCAUGAUCGAGCCCAGACUGACAACGUGAUGAACAUGCAGUGGGCGUUGGUGGUUAUUGGAGCUUGUUUCGCGGCCAUUAGCGUCAUCUUGCAAGCUCUCCAAUCUCAUGCAACUCUCCCUGUAGCUUCAACCUUUCCCUGGUUCUGCAUGGCUUUCGAGCUGGCCUUCUUAGCUUUGUUGGUAUCUGUUUACAUACGGCACCAUUAAGACAAAGCAUAUCGUGUCAUGGAGCACGCUGCAAUUUUCUUCUGCGUUGUUGCGCUUCUCUUGGCCAUCUGGAUGACCCUCGAUCCCCCACUCAAGCAGAUGUCCGCCGCCCUCUUCUUUGUUGGGUUCACCAUAAUUAUCCUUGCCAAUCGUUCUCUGCGUGACUGGGUUUAACGGAACUACUGCAGUGUGAUCCUCUGAUGCAUGCGAUUUAACAUCUCUGCCGAUUGUUUUUCUGCCUCUGAUAAGUUAAAAUUCUGUUUUCCACUUUGUCUUUUCAUUUUCCGUUUUUUAGUAAGUAGUACUG